AUGGGCAUCCAUAUAGCAUCACAGGAAGAAUUCUCACCAGAAUCCUCAGACUCAGUUGAAUGUCAUAGAACCCCCUCUGAGUUGUAUGUGGAGGAGUUCCAAAGCCGAACACCAGCUGUACGUUACGACUCAAUGAUUAUUCGCGACUGCCCCAAGGAAGAGUGCUCGGUCUGCUUGUCUGAAUUCAAGCAAAAUGCAGAGGUUAACCGUCUGUCUUGUGGUCACGUUUUCCACAAGUCGUGCCUAGAGAAGUGGUUGAAAUACUGGAAUGUCACCUGUCCUCUUUGCAGGAAUCACUUUAUGCCUCAAGAAAUAGAGGAUGAUGCCUGUCCUAUGCUUUAUAAAAAUCAUCUUCCUAGUAUUAUUGACGUUCUGCAGCAUUCUACCUCUCUGUGGCUAGGUGGAGAAAUUUAG